AUGCCGCCUUCAUCUCAACAUUCACCCAAGUCGCAGGCCCUCGCCGGGCCCGAGACGGACUUGUCUCCCUACGAGGUUAUGCUCGCAUCCGCUGACUAUUUCACUAAUCCCGAGGGUGCAGCCCACCCUCUUCCUCCCGAAUACCCAGUCUAUUAUUUCUUCUACGGCACUUUGACUGCUCCUGUAACCAUAAAGAGGAUUCUCGACCUUGCGGAAGAACCAAAAGUCAGAAAGGCCCAGAUCAUCGGCUACGCUCUGGGCAAAUGGGGAGACUAUCCUGCUUUAAUCGACGGUGAGCAAGGCCAAGUUGUCUCUGGGGCUGCGUAUCUUGUGGAGUCUGAAGAGCAGGCUGAAAAGCUCGCCUACUAUGAGACGAACGCGUACAAGGUCGCUCCUUGCUGGAUCUUCUUUACGGACAAUGGGACACCAGCAGAAGCGUCUGGCAAGACAUUCGAGUAUGCCGGGGAUCCAAAGGCCUUGCUAGAGCAGCGAUUCGAUCGUAAACUUUGGGCCCUGCAAAUGGGCAACAGGCUGGGAUGA